UUGGGGCCUCCUCUUCCGGGAUGCGACAGCGGCCCCGGGUAGCCGUGGCGUCGGCCCGGGCAUGAGCGACGUGGUGGAGCGGACCCUCAGCGCCUUGCCCGGCUUGUUGGGGCAGCACGAGCCGGGGGCUGGGCUGGGCGGCGGCGGCGGCGGGGGACCCGGCCGGAGCUCGGCCACCUCUCGCCUCGGCGUCCUCAUCCGGAGCAUCACCGCGCUCGCCUCCAAACAUGAGGAAGAAAAACUAAUCCAACAGGAAUUAAAUAAUUUAAAAGCAACAGUUUCUGCACCCACUACAACACUGAGGUUGAUGAAGGAAUGCAUGGUGAGGCUGAUCUAUUGUGAGAUGCUGGGCUAUGAGGCCUCUUUCGGAUACAUCCAUGCCAUCAAGUUGGCACAGCAAGGAAACCUUUUUGAGAAAAGAGUCGGUUAUCUGGCAGUUUCUCUAUUUCUUCAUGAAAACCACGAACUGCUGCUUCUGCUUGUGAAUACAGUUGUGAAGGAUUUGCAGAGUACUAACCUCCUGGAAGUGUGUAUGGCUCUGACUGUGGCAAGCCAAAUCUUUCCGCGGGAAAUGAUUCCAGCUGUCCUUCCGCUAAUAGAAGAUAAGCUUCAGCAUUCAAAGGAAAUUAUCAGAAGAAAAGCAGUCCAAGCUUUGUACAAGUUCUACCUUAUUGCUCCCAACCAAGUCCAGCACAUCCACGACAAGUUCCGGAAGGCACUUUGCGACAGGGAUGUGGGAGUUAUGGCUGCUUCGUUGCACAUCUAUCUCCAAAUGGUGAAGGAAAACUCCUCUGGAUACAAAGACUUGACAGGCAGCUUUGUCGCUAUACUAAAGCAGGUGGUGGGAGGAAAACUCCCUGUAGACUUCAAUUAUCACAGUGUGCCAGCACCUUGGUUACAAAUCCAGCUUCUAAGAAUAUUGGGGCUGCUUGGAAAGGAUGACCCAAGGACCAGCGAAUUAAUGUAUGAUGUUCUGGACGAAUCUUUAAGGAGAGCGGAGAUAAACCAUAACAUUACAUAUGCAAUCUUGUUUGAAUGUGUCCAGACAAUUUACACAAUUUACCCUAAAUCUGAUCUACUUGAGAAGGCCGCCAAAUGCAUUGGAAAAUUUGUCCUGUCGCCUAAAAUUAAUUUGAAAUAUUUGGGAUUAAAGGCCCUAACAUAUGUUGUCCAGCAGGAUCCUGCCCUAGCACUGCAGCACCAAAUGACAAUAAUUGAGUGCUUGGAUCAUCCUGAUCCCAUUAUUAAAAGAGAGACAUUGGAACUACUGUAUAGAAUCACCAACGGGCAGAAUGUCACUGUCAUAGUACAGAAGAUGCUUGACUACCUAACUCAAAGUAAGGAGGAGUACACCAUCAUCAACAUAGUUGGCAAAAUAGCAGAAUUAGCUGAAAAAUAUGCUCCUGAUAAUGAAUGGUUCAUCCAGACUAUGAAUGCAGUAUUUUCCGUAGGAGGAGAUAAAAUGCACCCUGACAUCCCAAACAGCUUCUUGCAGCUCCUUGCUGAAGGUUUUGAAGAUGCAAAGGAAGAUAGCCAGCUGCGACUUCAUGCUGUCCAAUCCUAUCUUGUGCUGCUAGAGGAUGAGAAUGCAGUUUAUCCACAGAAAUUCCUUCAAGUAAUGAGUUGGGUGUUGGGGGAAUAUGCGUACCUUAUGAAGAACGUGGAUCCAGAAGUUGUCUUGGCGAGUUUGCAUAGGAUACUUAGGAGCAAUGCCACUCCUGAAACCAAGGCCUGGAUUGUGUCUGCUGCCACUAAAAUAGCUUCUCAUACCACCUGUUCAAAAACAGUUGAAAAACUUAUCACGGAAUUCAGUACCUCCUUGGAUACCUGCAUGAGGCAGUAUGCCUUUGAAUUAAAGCAUCUAUAUGAAAACAAAGAAUUGAUGAAGCAACUGUUCCCUGUUGAUGCUAGUUGCAAGGACGUAGUGGUAGAUGCUUCCUUAUCUUUCUUAGAUGGAUUUGUAGCAGAAGGACUGGAUCGUGGUGCAGCGCCAUAUAAACCUCAUCACCAAAGACAAGAGGAGAAGCUGUCUCAGGAAAAAGCUCUGAAUUUUGAACCUUAUGGGCUAUCACUUUCCCAGAGCUUCUCAGCUUCUGGUUUUACUGGCAGACAAUCUCCAACUGGACUUUCUCUGGGAUCUGACAUCUCUGUUAAUAGUUCUGAGACUGGACAGAAGGAGAGCAACAGUCUGAAGCUAGAUGGUGUGAAGAAACUAUGGGGGAAAGAAGGCUACCUCCCCAAGAAGGAAAACCAAGCAGAAAAAGAAGACAACGCCAAGUCUGUUCUGGAAGGCAGUGCAUUUGCAGAGCAUAUUGUUGGCAACUUUCCAUUCCAGCCUGAGCAAGAAAUGAGUGGUCCCUUGGAGGGAGAGGAAGAGAAGCGUCAACUGGCGUCAACACUCUUUGUUGGCUUAGGGUCUCAAAGCAGCAUCAGUCUGAUGGGCAAGCGAGACUCUACCACUCAGAAGCUCCGAAGGAAAUCAAAAACAAGCAAAACCCAAAAUAGUGAGGAAUCAUCCAGUAUCGAAAGUGCUGCUGACCCUUCCCUCUGCCCUUUUCCUGAUGUGAUAUCUAGGAACAAAGACCUCUUCCAAAACAAUGGACACCUAAGAUUAAGGAAAUCUUCACUGAGUUCUGCUGGAACUUCUGAAUCAAAGGUGGUACUUGAUAGGUCUCAUUCUCUGCCAGAAGCUGAACUGAAUGAGAAGCUUUUGGGUCACAGACUUUCGUUGUCCUCUCUGUUUGCGGAUGGCAAUAUGGAAUUGUUUCAGCCUUCUCCAAGUGCUCAGGCUGCGGCCCCCCAGCAACUCUCUUUGAUGCCUUACUUACCAGAAGCAGCAGCCAAACACCCUCAUUCUGAAAUCUUAGAGCUUUGUGGCAACGAAACACUGGUUUUGUCCUUUUGUAAAAUCUGGAAAGAUGACUCUGUCCUACUCUUCUUAUUUCUUGUCAACAAAAGCACUUGCGUACUUAAAGCUGUGAAUCUGGAAUUUGAGCACGCGGAACAUUUUAAGAUUUCAGAAAGCCUUGGUUGCCACUUCACUGCAGUAGAAGCUCAGAGCAUAGAAAGCUUCCAGACGUGUGUCGAGAUGGAGGGGCUGUGCUCUUCGGAGACGCUCUCUGGGUCCAUCAGAUACUUUCUAGAGUCUGAUGCACUCCUCAGAUUUUCUGUAACUUUAGAACUGUUGGAUUUUAUCAGGCCAAUGAAAAUGAGCACUGAAGAAUUUGGAAAACUGUGGCUCUCCAUUUCGAAUGAUGUCAAACAAAACCUAAAGAUGACAUCAUCUCAGGGAUCUUUGUCAGCCGUCCUAAGCAUUUUGCAGCAAAAGCUGAAUCUACAUAUAGUGGAUAUCAUAGGCAGUGAGGGAAUAGCAUCAUGUCGACUGCUUCCAUCCGUCCCCUGUUUACUACAUUGCCGUGUCCAUGCUGGGAUGUUGUCACUGUGGUUCAGAUCCCAUUGUUCGGCUCUUCCAGACUGUUUACUUUAUCAGUGUCAAAAGGUGUUGGAAGAAUCCUGAGCAUCGUGGAGAAAAGAAGCAAAAGCCUCCUCUUCUAACCUAGUGGAAAGAAGGACAUAUGUGAUUGUGCCAGGGGUUUACCAAA